CCUCCCGUCGCGGUCCCUGACUGCUCCUUUUGGCCAGCGGCGCUGCUGCGGCUGCUGUCUCGGCAAAGGGAGCAGCGGCAGUGAGGAGCGCAAAGCUGGGGAGGGCUUGCGGAUCCCGGUUCCCCUUCGCCCUGCCUGGCGCCCCGCCGAUGCUUGCAGAGCUGGAGCUGAAGCAGAGGAACGCCCGAUGGCGACCAGUCCCAGGCUGUGGCGAGGGGGCGGCGGGCGGGAAGGAGACAGCGCUGCCUCCUGGCUGGGGUUGUGUAACCUUAGACGAAGUGGCUGUGCUUUUCUCCAAAGAGGAGUGGGCGCUGCUGAAGCCUGACCAGAAAGCUCUGCACAGGGAGGUCAUGAAGCAGAUCAGUGGGAUUGUGGCCUCUCUUGGUGAUGAAAGGAAGGCCAAAACUGACAGUCGGUCAAUGCAAGAAAGAAUCCUUAUACGAAGGAAACAUCGGAUUUCUAGAAAGGGCUCCAAUCAGAGGGCAAAAGCAGAUGGAGAUCCAUUCUCACACGCUGGAGACAAACCCCAUCAAUGUUCGAAGUGCGGCAAGGGCUUCCACCGGAAGAAACACCUAGCGGUUCAUAAAAAGACACACACGAGGGAGAAACCCUAUAAAUGCUCAGAGUGCGAGAGAUUUUUCAGCUGCAACUCAGCCAUCGCUCGGCAUCAAAGGACUCACACAGGGGAGAGGCCUUAUACGUGCCUGAAGUGUGGGAAAGGCUUCCUUUACAGUUCAGACCUGAUUAGACACGGAAGGAAACACACGGGAGAGAAACCCUACCAGUGUGCCGAGUGUGGGAAAUGUUUCCUCCGUAACACAAAGCUGAGUGUCCAUCGAAGGACUCAUACGGGAGAGAGGCCCUAUAAAUGCCUGGAGUGUGGGAAGUGUUUUACCGAGAGCGCUCAGUUAAGCAGGCAUCAGAGAACUCACACCGGGGAGAGGCCCUACAAAUGCCUGGAGUGCGAAAAGUGCUUCAACCGGAAGGAAAACCUGACCCUCCAUCAACGCACUCACACAGGGGAAAAACCCUAUCAAUGCUCAGAAUGCGGGAAACGCUUCACUUGGAACUCCCAGCUAACUAGACACCAAAUCUCGCAUACUGGAGAGAGGCCGUAUACCUGCCUGGACUGUGGGAAAUCCUUUGUCUGCAGCUCUGAGCUCCUAAUCCACGAAAGGAAUCACACAGGAGAGAAGCCCUAUAAAUGUCCGGAGUGCGGGAAGUGCUUUGUUUGUAACACGCAACUCAGUAUCCAUCGGAGAACCCACACCGGAGAGAGACCCUACAAAUGUCCGGCGUGCGAAAAAUGCUUCAAUCGGAAAGAAAAUCUUGCUAUCCAUCAGCGUACUCACACGGGGGAAAAGCCCUACAAGUGCUCGGAUUGUGGGAAGUGCUUCAGUUGGAAUUCACAACUGUGUAGACACCAACGAGCUCACACUGGCGAGAGGCCCUUUGCGUGUCUGGAGUGUGGGAAACGCUUCCUUUCCAGUUCGGACCUGAUCAGGCACGGAAGAAAUCAUACGGGAGAGAAACCUUACAAGUGCUCGGAGUGUGGAAAGUGUUACAUUUGUAAUACCCAGCUGACUAUACACCAGAGAACUCACACGGGGGAGAAACCCUACCAAUGCUUGGAGUGUAGAAAAAGUUUCAGCGAGAGUAGCUCCCUCACUUCCCAUUACCGGAUCCACACUGGAGAGAAACCCUACAAAUGUCUGGAGUGCAAAAAAUGCUUUGCUCGUGGUUCUGACCUUAUUAAACAUGAAAAAAUUCACAUGGGGAAGAAACCCCACCAAGUUACGGACCGUGGAAAGAAGAGCUUUCACCAGAAGGCAAAUCUUGCUUCUCAUGUAAGAAUUCAGACUAGGGAGAAACCGGAUUGUCACUUUAAAAAAGCAGCAAGCGAUUCUCUGGCCAUGUUAAGCAUUGUCCAGUCAAAUCUACGGCGACCGAACGUCGAUGGCCCCCAAGCAAAACGUGCCGUUCCUUGCAGUCAGGUGGGUAGCAGUGCCCAAAUUUGGGCAGCGACCAUUGAUAACGUCUCAGGAGGCCCUACGCCGAGUCUGAGCACACAGCCUCAGCCCUUCCGGCAGUUUUGCUAUCGGGAAGUUGAGGGUCCCCGAGAGACUUGCAGUCGACUCCACGAGCUUUGUCGUCUGUGGUUGAAGCCGGAACAUCACACCAAAGCGGAGAUCUUGGAUCUGGUGGUGCUGGAGCAGUUUCUGACCGUCUUGCCCCCAGAGAUUGAGGGCUGGGUGAGACAGUGUGGGGCAGACACCAGUUCUCAGGCGGUGGCCCUGGCUGAAGGCUUUCUCCUGAGCCAAGCAGAAGACAGGAAGCAAGAAGAUCAAAAGAAGCAUGUCGCUGAAGUGGCUCCACAGUGGAUCUUAGAAGGAGAUCAUCGAGAUGGUAUAUCACUGGGAAUGACACCGAAGCCGACUGGCUUACGCUCCUGUUUGUCUCUUGAUGGUUCGGUGGAAACGUGUCCUUUGCCACAGGACCAGGCAAACUCUGCAUUCCACAGUCGGGAGUUCGAUCCCGACCGGCUCAAGGUUGACUCAGCCUUCCAUCCUUCCCAGGGUCUGGUGACAUUGGAGAAGGUGUCUCUGGGCUUUACGGAGGAGGAGUGGAGGCUUCUGGAUUCAGAGCAGAAAGCUUUACAUGAAGAAGUGAUGGAGGAGAUUAGGGGGAUCGUGGUUUCUCUGGAGGCUGAGAGACAGCACAACAAGUCUGAUGGAGAACCAAGCGACCUGUUUUUCGAAGGAAUUGGGCGUGAAGCAGAGGAAAAAAAGAGAAUAACAAACGCCGAAUUGAAUAGUGAGGCCCGUGAAGGGCGAAUAGAGAAAGCCAUGGAAAAAACCGAGUGUCUGGUAUAUGAGGAGAUCUCCGGUUGUAAAUCCUCCUUUUACCUCCACGUGGGAUCCCACGCAGGGGAAAGACCUUUCCGGUGCCAGGUGUGUGGCAAGACCUUCAAGAGGAGAGAUAUCCUGAUUUCCCACCACCGGACUCACACGGGCGAGAAACCCUACGAAUGUUUCAAAUGCGGGAAAUGCUUCAGCGACAUCAAAUACCUCAGCUCCCAUAAAAAGAUCCACACGGGAGAGAAGCCGUACAAAUGCAAGGAGUGCGGGAAGGGCUUCAGUCAGAGCGCCAGCCUCACUUCCCAUUUCCGCAUCCACACGGGCGAGAAGCCGUACAAAUGCCCGACGUGCGGGAAGGCGUUCGCUCAGCAGUCGAACCUCAAUUCCCACCAGAUCAGUCACACCGGAGAGAAACCCUACGAAUGCCUGGCGUGCGGGAAGAGGUUCAGCCACGGGGCCAGCCUCACCCACCAUCAGCAGCUCCACACCGGGGAGAAGCCGUACGGAUGUCUGGAGUGCGGGAAGAGCUUCAGCAGUAGCAAAAAUCUCAUUUCCCAUCAAAGAAUCCACACCGGGGAGAAGCCGUACACCUGCCUGGAGUGCGGGAAGAGCUUCAGCCAGAAGGUGUACCUCACCACUCACGGACGGAUCCACACGGGCGAGAAACCCUAUCAAUGCCUCGAGUGUGGGAAAAGCUUCACCAGCAGCAAAUAUCUUCUUUCCCACCACAAGGUGCACACCGGGGAGAAACCGUACACCUGCUUGGCCUGCGGGAAGAGCUUUCGACGGAAGAUGCAACUUGCCACUCAUCAAAGGACUCACGAGGGAGAAACCUCAAAGUGUUGAAUGCUCCUCGGGAGGAGAAGUGAAAGGGAUAAGUGUCACCCCUUUGAAGUACAGGUAGUCCUCAACUUACGACCACCACUGAGCCCAAAAUUCCUACUGCUAAGCGAGACAGUUGCUAAGUGAUACUAACGAAGGAGAAUAUUUGGAGCCCAGGGUUGAAAUAAGGGGGUCCUUGGUGUUCUCUGAGCUUGCUUGUUUUCUUACAGAUGUUUCAUUACCCUACCUAGAUGACAUCAUCAGUGCUAGUAAGGAGUGCUGUUUGCUGUCGGUUUAUAUUCUGGUGUCUCACCCGCCUGGGUGGGUAGGGGCGGCCUUAGGGAUUCUUUGAUUGGGCUGUUUACUAAUGGCCCCUUGGUGGUUUCUUGAUUGGGGUAUGGCUUGAUUGUUGGUCAACGUCAAGGUCAACUGCAGACCAACAAUCAAGUAAGCAAUGCCCCAAUCAAGAAACUGCCAAAGAGCCAUUAGUAAACAGCCUAACCCAGGGAUAGGCAACCUGGGC